AUGGAAAUUCGAAUCCAAGUCAAGCGACCGCCCGACCGUCUCGCCCAAGUCCCCAUCGAAUACUCGACGCGGUUCCGUGAAGCUAUCACAUGUCGUGUCUGGCUAAAGGAGGCCCUUUUUGCCUUGGAUGACGAGGGAUACAUUAAACUCAUGAAGGACAUUGGUUCUAUUGAGGAUGAGGCCAAGGGGCAGGCAGUGCGCAACAGAGUCGCGCGCAAAGUGACGGUCACCAAGAGUGCGGGUAGCAUUUCCUAG